AUGGCGACUUUUGCAGAAAUAUUUUCACAUAAAUCGACUUCACCAGCUAUUAUUAUUCCAGAGAGUGGGCUAGAACUAUCAUAUAGACAAUUAUAUGAACAAAUUAAAUCGGUUCAACAACAAAUUAUUGAGAAAUGUGAUAUAAAACCACAAGAUGCUAUCACUAUUGUAUUACCAAAUUCAUUAGAAUUUACAAUUACUUUUCUAGCGCUUACGUUACUUCGAAAUAUUGCAGCACCAUUAAAUCCAAAUUAUGCCGAAAAUGAAUUUAAAUUUUAUAUAGAUGAUUCAAAAAGUAAAGUAAUGAUAGUACCAAAAGGUUGGGUAAACCAAAAUAAACCUGCAGUUCGGGCUGCCAGGGCUUUUAAUGCGGUAAUUUUUGAAAUAUCAUGGGAUAACCAUAGUCAUCAAAUCAAUUUGGAUAUUCAUGGAAAUGCAAAAGGAGGAAAUUUUAAAACCCGAGAUCCUCAUCCCCCUGAUGUCGCUCUUUUAUUACAUACAUCAGGAACGACUGGACGACCCAAAGGUGUUCCACUUACGCAUCGUAAUAUUACAACAACCAUGAAUAAUAUUAUCCGAACAUAUAAAUUGGUUCCAAGCGAUCGUACCUUGCUAGUAAUGCCACUCUUUCAUGUUCAUGGUUUAAUUGGUGGAAUGUUAUCCACUUUAUUAUCAGGAGGAACGGUAGUAAUUCCUCCUAAAUUCUCUGCCACCGAUUUUUGGAAUCACUUUUUACAAUACGGAUGUACUUGGUACACCGCCGUCCCUACAAUUCAUCAAAUUUUAUUGCGUCAUCCGCCUCCAAGCGGAGGGGCACCUAAAUUACGCUUUAUCCGUUCAUGUUCUUCAUCGCUUGCUCCAAGUACCUUAAAGGAACUUGAAAAAGUAUAUAAUGCGCCCGUACUGGAAGCGUAUGCUAUGACUGAAGCAGCUCACCAAAUGACCUCAAAUCCAUUGCCACCUUUGCCUCAUAAGCCUGGUUCAGUCGGUGUAGGUCAGGGAGUUCAAAUAGCUAUCUUGGAUCAAAAUGGCAAUCCGACUGAGGAGGGCGAAGUGUGUAUUAAAGGUGUGAAUGUGACACCAGGAUAUCUUAAUAAUCCAUCAGCUAAUAAAUCAUCAUUUACAAAAGACGGGUGGUUUAGAACAGGUGAUCAAGGUAAACUAGAUAAAGAUGGAUAUUUAUAUUUAACGGGACGUAUUAAAGAAUUAAUCAAUCGUGGUGGAGAAAAAAUUUCGCCUUUAGAAAUAGAUUCAGUUCUUUUAUCACAUCCUUCGAUUUCCGAAGCUGUUUCUUUUGCUGUACCUGAUGAAAUGUAUGGACAAGAAGUUCAUGCUGCCGUUAUUUUGAAGAAGGAUCAGCAAACUACUGAAAAAGAAUUACAAGAUUAUUGUGAAAAAAAUCUUGUUAAAUUUAAAAUACCAAAGAAAAUCUAUUUUACUGAUGUUAUGCCUAAAACUGCUACGGGUAAAAUCCAAAGAAAAAAUAUAAGUGAAACAUUCUUUAAACCUGAUAAAUCAAAAGCAAAAUUGUAA